GCAUGGACAGGGACAGGGACAGGGACAGGGACAGGGACAGGGACAGGGACAGGGACAGGGACAGGGACAGGGACAGGGACAGGGACAGGGACAGGGACAGGGACAGGGACAGGGACAGGCACAGACACAGGGAUGGGGACAGGGACGGGGACAAGGACGGGGACGGGGACGGGGACGGGGACGGGGACGGGGACGGGGAUGAAGACGGGGACAGGGACGGGGACGGGGACAGGUGCACGGACAGGGACAGGCACAGGGACAGGCAAAGGCACAGGCACAGGGACAGGGACAGGCACAGGAACAAGGACAGGCACAUGGACGGGGACAGGGACAGGAACAAGGACACGGAAAGGGAGAGGAACAGGAACAGGGACAGGGAUAAGGACAGGGACAAGGAAAGGCAAAGGGACAGGCACAGGGACAGGGAUAGGGAGAGGGAGAGGGAGAGGGAGAGGGAGAGGGAGAGGGAGAGGGAGAGGGAGAGGGAGAGGGAGAGGGACAGAGACAGGGACAGAGACAGGGACAGGGAUAGGCACAGGCAUAGGCAAAAGCAUUGGGACAGGCACAUGCACAGGCACAGGCUCAGGCACAGGGACACACACAGGGAAAGGGACAGGGACAUGCGCAUGCACAGGCACAGGCACAGGCACAGGGACAGGGACAGGGACAGGGAGACAGGGAUAGGGUUAGGGACAGGGACACGGAUAGGGAGGGACAUGGACAGGGACAGGGACAAGCACAAGCACAGGCACAGGGAGAGGGAGAGGGAGAGGGAGAGGGAGAGGGAGAGGGAGAGGGAGAGGGAGAGGGAGAGGGAGAGGGAGAGGGAGAGGGAGAAGGAGAGGGAGAGAGAGAGGGAUAGGGACAGGGACAGGCACAGGCAGAGGCACAGGGAUAGGCACAGGCACAGGGACAGGCACAGGGACAGGCACAGGGACAGGGACAGGGACAGGGACAGGGACACGGUCAAGGACAGGGACAGCGACAAGCACAGGGACAGGGACAGGGACAGGGACAGGGGCAGGGACAAGCACGGGGACAGGGAUUGGGACAAGGACAGGGACAGUCACAGGGACAGGCACAGGGACAGGCACAAGGAUAGGCACAGGGAUAGGGACAGGGACCAGGACAGGCACAAGCACAGGGACAAAGACAGGGACAGGCACAGGGAGAAGGACAGGGAUAGGGACAGGGACAAGGACAGGGACAGGGAUACGCACAGGGACAUGGACAGGGAUAGGGACAGGGACAGGGACAGGGACAGGGAGAGGGAGAGGGACAGGGAUAGAGACAGGGACAGGGACAAGGACAAGGACAAGGACAGGGACAGGGACAGGCACAUGGGAGUGGGAGAGGGAGAGGGAGAGGGAGAGGGAAAGGGAGAGGGACAGGCACACGCACAGGGACAGUAUGAAGCGUGCAAGGAGGGCAUUGUUGGUGGGAUCAAGGAGAUCACAAUGAUUGGAAUGAGCUGGGAAGAUAGUGGUUACCCCUGCUCGUUGAAUCUCAUGCUGUGCAAGUAAGUUGUGCCGAAGAGUGGGCACGCAUAGGCCAGUGACUGUGCCAGAUGGGAAGGCUGGGCAUGGAAGAGUGGAGGAACCAUGGGCAACAGUUGUGAAGCUGGAGUCAGCGCCCAGGAGAGGAAUGGGUGCUUGGUAUGGUUUGAAAGACUCUUUGUCUCGGAGGACUGUGUGGGUUGCGCCGCUGUCCAGGACGAAUUCAAGUGGUUUGGAUGGUGUUUGUGGAGACGCCGAGUACUGGGAACUGGUUUCAUUGAU